GAAACGUCAUUCUUAUCAAUUGGCAAGGUUGCUCCACGGCCGAUUGGAGUGAUCAUGUAAAUUCCUUCCCAGUACAAAAUAGAACGUAAUUCCCCAACCCAGUUCCCUCCACACUCGCCAAAGUCUUCUAAAAAUUUAAUUAUACAAAUCAAAAAACCUAAGAAAAUGUCUAAGCUCUACAAAACCGUUAUCACUGCGUGCGACAGAUACGUUCCUAACAACUUACGUCCGCUAUGGAACCACGAAGCUGGACCAAAAACAGUCUUCUUUUGGGCCCCUUUCUUCAAAUGGGGCUUGGUGAUUGCUGGACUAGGGGACCUCACUCGGCCCGUGGAGACCCUUUCCGUCCCCCAAUCUGUAUCCCUGGCCGCCACCGGCAUCAUCUGGUCGCGGUACUCUCUCGUCAUCAUCCCUAAAAACUAUAGCUUAUUCUCUGUCAAUGUGUUUGUGGCCUGCACUAGUCUGUACCAACUCAGUAGGGCUGUGAGACACGCGCAAGAGCAGAAAAAACUUAAGGAAAACUAAUUUACUAAAAGUAAUCGAUUAGAGUUCUAGCAGCCAAUAAUCUCUCUGUAAUGUAAUAUUGAACAAUACCUAUGUAGCUUCAACUCCAACUGUACUGGGAAUGGAAAGGGGCAAAAAUUAUAUACCUAUUUUAUUUUUGUUAUCAAUAUUCCCUAGUAAUGUUAACGAACAUGUACAGUCACACUCCGCGAUUGUUAUGCCAUAGGGUUCUCGCUAAAUUGGACAUUCCAUAGCGUAAGUAUUGAACUACCAAUUUAGCUAGGACCCUAAAUGGCUCAACAAUCGCGGAGCGUGAUGGUACAUUCGAUACCGAAUUUUAAACUUCUGGGUAUAAAAACUGUUGAUACAGUAAAACCCAGCCAUAUUUUAUUUUUGUUACGUAACGUUAUACACGGGUAUUAAGGGGGUAGGUACGUAGGUAGGUCGCACCAUUCAGUCCUAAAUGUGGCCAAGUUUUCUCUUUAUAAUGUUGCUCAACCUGUGAUACAGCCGGUUCAAAUCGUUAACCACAAUGUCGAGAUUCUUUUGAUUCGACAUUCGUGUGACAUUAUGGGCUUCCGAUAAAGUUUCUAUCAUGCGGUCACGGGUGAUCCGUGGCGUGGGCCGUGACCUAAAUUAUAUACGUCUGUUAACUUCGAAGAUAUUACCUAGGUAAUAUUCGAAAUGAUCAUAUAUAUCCCAAUAAAGCCUAGUUUUUUCCCCUCUGGGUUGGAAGGUCAGAAGGCAGUCGCUUCCGUAAAAACUAGUGCCUACGUCAAUUCUUGGGAUUAGUUGUCAAGCGGAUCCCAGGCUCCCAUGGGCCGUGGCAAAAUGCCGGGAUAACGGGAGGAAGAAGAAGAUACAAACUAUCUUAAAUGUACUUUGCUUACUACAUACUUAUAUAUUUUUGUCGCAUGUAUCUGGAGACUUCAUAAAUACGUAGCAUUUCUUUCGCCUAAAACAUUAUUUUCAGAAUUGAAUGGUGCUUCUUUAUUUAGAUAGUGAAUCAAUCUCAGUGGGUUAUUAAUUAAGCUAUUUAUUUAUUUUUGUUAAGAAUGUAUACGCUCAAGUCAUUUUUCUUGAGGUGUUUAUUAGUAUUAGCUGUAACAAAUUGUCUACAAAAUUGAUAAAAAUUUGGUGACCUUAUUAGUUAUUAUAUAUUUAGGUGCUUUUGCCUAGUAAUAUACCCGACACAUUGUUAAAAGACUUGUUAUGAAUAAACAUAGUUUACAAAAUCAGGGUUUCACUAAAAAAACCUUUAAAAUAUUUGUUCUUAAAACAUACCUAUAGCGUACAUGGCAGUUAGAGUAGGUACCUAAACCAAAUUAUUCGUACUAUUAGUAGAUAUAAAAUAAAUACGUAGUUACCGAAAAAACAUGAGAUCUUGCUAAUCAGUAAUUACUAAUUACCUAUUGUGGAAUAGGUAACUUUUAUGUCAUAUCAUAUAUCUCUGUGAAAACGAACUAUAGUGUACUAACUAGAAUAGACCUUAAUGCCCUGUCAUAAGGUCUUCUUUGGUUGUCACAAUUUGUACUAAUCAUAAGAUCUCUUUUACUAUUUAAGAGAAUGAUUCAAUAAUUGUGAUCAUGUCUAUGUUGUUGUUUACAUUAUUUGAGACAGGUAUUCAACAUUAAAUUGUAGUGCUAUUGUAUUCUAGGGGUUGUUUGGACCUGUGAUAAAGAGUACAUAUGUAUGCUAUGUUAUACAUUCGAUAUACAAUGUUGAAAUACAUAUCAUUACUUGUGUAAUAUGUGGAUCAUUAAAUCAGUUUUGUAAAAUGUUGCGUAUUUUUGUAACGUCUUUACUGAAUAAUAUACCUAAUGUUUUGUUU